AUGCGGGGGCGCACGGGGCACGAGAACAAGACGGUGAACACCUACUGUAAACACCGCCUUCGCCCCACCCUCUUAAUCGAGUAUGUCGCCGAGUUUUGGCCGCCCAGCCUUCAGCCUUCGAUGGACGUGGCUCUGGUCAAUGCCACCCUGGAGACAGAUCAGGGCGGGUCGAUCAUGCGCACGGACGGCGUUCGUGUGGUGCCAGCUCGCCGUGUGUGGUCGGCUAUACGGCUAAGAAUUUGGAAAACAUGGCGCGCCGCUGCUACACGCGGCUGGAUGCAGUAUCCUGUGCGUCCGUUUGUGAACAGAAGUGCAUCGAUCGCCGGUGCAUUCGCUGGGAGUGGUUACCGGCCUAUCUAUGUGAUUGGGUGGGGGCAUCUGGACUCGGGUGCAGAUGCACAUGGAUCUCAAUCGGGGUUGCAUUGCAUGGGACGGGCUCAGUAG